UUCCUGAUCUAUAAAACAUAGGAUGUUCCUCCCUGCAUUCUUCUACCCUAUACAUUCUAUGCUUCUACCGAUCCACGUGCUGACGUAGCAGUGCGUCAUGUGAGGAGGUCCAAGGGGCGGCACCAUGGGGCUGAACCUAUACAGUCUGGGCUGAACGAGGAGUAGUCCAACGUGAACUGAUACACGCGGUGCGAUGUUGAGCCCCAAGCUGCUGACCCUGGUGCUGGUGGUGCAGCCCGGCCGGGUGCUGCUGGGCAUGAAGAAGAGGGGCUUCGGGGUCGGGAAGUGGAACGGCUUCGGGGGCAAAGUUCAGCCCGGAGAGAGCAUCGAAGAGGCCGCGAGGAGGGAACUGCAAGAAGAAAGUGGGCUCACAGUGGACGCUCUCGAGAAGGUCGGAAACAUAAAGUUUGAGUUCGUCGGAGAGACGCAGCUGCUGGACGUCCAUGUUUUCAGGGCGGAUGCUUACAACGGAGACCCAACAGAGUCUGAGGAGAUGAGGCCUCAGUGGUUCGAUUGUGAUCAAAUUCCCUUCAGUGAAAUGUGGGCUGAUGACAUCAUGUGGUUCCCUCUGUUGCUGCAGAAGAAGAAGUUUGUCGGAUACUUUAAGUUCCAGGGUCACGAGGUGAUCCUCAGCCACACGUUGGAAGAGGUGGACGAGGUCUGAGAUGAUAAUGUGGCCGGUGGUGACACUGUUAAUGAGUCGGACCAAAAAUGAUCAGCUGUACUGUCAAAAACGGUUUAAACUGAAGAUGUCGUGUUUACAAAUCUGUUAAUUAUUCUAUCAGGUAUUCAUAUCUGUGUAUACCUCCACCAAGGCAACAGUCCCCUAAUGAAACCCCUUUUACAUCCACUAGAUCUGGAUUUAUGCAGCACAUACUCAUUGAUAAUCUCUUCUUUCUUCACCAAGAUCUAUAAAAUACUCCCUGGGAAAUCUGUAAAAUGCGUAAUUCUGCUAACAAACAAGCAGACCUACAGACAGGGAUGAAAAAAACACCCUCCUUGGUAGAGGUGAAACAAAAUCACAGCAUCAGUGCAACGAGAGAUUGUUUUG